GCGCCCGCGGUUAAUGGCGGGCGUACGACUCGUUCGACCAGCCGGGCCCCCCAUGAUAAGCCCGCGUGCCUCACAAUUUCUUUAUAGCUGAACCACCUCUGUGACAAUGAGGUGCAGCAUUCUAGUCUCCGUUCUUUUCGCGGCCGCAAUUGCGGCCGCCCAGGGUGCUCAGUCGGGCUUGUACACCUCGUUCCCUUACUGCCAGUGCAAGAAGUCUCCCUCGGCCUACAAGCUGGGUGAUGUUGUCGUUGCCAAGGGCAACAACCAGUACUGCUUCAAGCUGAGCGCCAAGGUGCCGGCUGGCUGCACCGAUUACUGCUGCUCCAAGGCAGACCUCAAGAAGAUCGAGUUCAACGUCUACGAGGCGUGCGACGUCUUCGGCGAGGUGGUGAAGGCCACCAUCAACGGCGUGCCCACCAAGGUCGGUGUCUCGUUCCACGAGCCCACCGAUGGCCCCGUUGGCUCGACCACCCUGGUCCUGACCCAGCUGGGCCUGGGCCUGGCCAGCGACGGUGCUGAGAUUUGCAUCACCCUGUCGAUGAACAAGAACGGCAAGGGCUGCACCACCCUUGAGGAGCUGUGCAUUCCUCCCCCUGGCCUGCCCAAGGGUGUGUGCUCGGCUGCGCUGUUCGACAGCCAGAACGACUGCUGCCCUAUCUCCACGCCCGGCAUCCCGAGCCCUCCUCCCCCCAGCCCCCCUCCUCCUUGCCAGGUUUGCGUCUACAUCUCGCUGACCGUUAGCGACGCCAGCCGCGUUCUGUUCCCCUACUCCAUCAGCAACGACGAGUGCCAGGGCUACAUCGCCACCAUUCAGGACGACGUGGCCACCCAGGCCUCCGACCUCGGCGUGACCGUGACCCCUGGGUCCACCAGCUGCGCCGGCAACCUGGUGAUGGUGUGCGCCACCUUCUUCUCCAACGAGGAGGGCGCCAAGCUGCAGAGCUUCGUUGACACCCAGAUCAACUUCUGGCUGGACAUGGUGACUCAGGGCUGCCGCCCCGCCCUGGCCGGAUACACCGUGGUCGUCUCUGUUGGCGGCAUGGGCGACGCCGUCGCCGGCCUGCCCCAGUCGUGCAUCAACGCCCAGGCCUCGGCCGCCUGCGCCCUGCAGACCCCCGACUUCCCCAAGUGCCAGUGCGUCACCACUCCCGGCGCCACCCCCUUCGCCAUUGCGCCCGCGAUGUCGAGCAUGGCCGGCCGCACCAAGGACACCACUGCUUACUGCUUCAGCAUCACCCUGGUGACCCCCAACAGCGCCACCAGCCCCUGCGGCCGGAGCACCAGCCUGCUCAAGGCCGAGUUCUACGCCGACGACAAGAAGCGCCGCGCCAUCACCGGCGUGUACGUGCAGCCCAAGACCGGCACCGGCAAGUGGCUGUCCGCCACCUGGGGCGCUGUGGACGAGCAGACCGUUAAGGCUACCCCCCUGAACUGGAGCAAGGACCAGGCGAAUGGCGGCAAGAUCUGCCUGGAGCUGAAGAACGACACCCCCCUGUCGGACUUCUGCCUGCCUGCCAACGAUGGCGUGUGCUGGGGCAACGUGUUUGACGACACGAAGAACUGCUGCCCUCUGUUCGCCGCUGCCCAGCCGUAAGCGGCAGGACAAGCAGCAGCUUGACCGUCGAUCAUUACAAGAUGAUCCCAUGUACAUUGUUAGCGGGCUAGGAGCGGGCGGACAUACAAUACGAUGGGCGUCACUGCCCGUCCCUCUCUCUUGGAACUUCUAGGUGUUGCAUUCAGAUGGAAUGCACACCUUCUUGACGUCUAUGACUUGAUUGUUUGCUUUAAAACGUUGCAAUACUUGCAAACCGUUGAUGGUUGUGUUGAUGCGGGUAUGUCGUGUGGUAGCCGCCAAUGCAGAGACUCGCGGGAUGCCUGUUAGGUCAUAGACGAGACAUGCAGGAGAGCAGAUUCGGAAGAUGAUGUAGAAAGAAUGAACGAUGCACAGGCAGAUGGCGCAUGUGAGCUUGCAAGAGUGCAAAAAGCGCUGUUUCGGGCUGCACAGCCGCGUGUCGACUCCUUGCGUGCCUGAAAAAGCGGACCGAGUGGAUUAUACGUUACGGGAACAUUCCCUGUAACUGGCGUUUCGGGAGGCACGUGUCGCUCCGUAUCAGGGGGUGGGCGGCUUUUGUACUGUGCACAGCUAAGUUGCGUUGGGGAAGGGGCCAGCGGCCAAGAAGCAAAAAAGCCCUGGGAAACACAGCAGUUGCCACCGCGCCCAGAAUCCCAGUAGUGCAGACAGCUUCUGUGUUGCACGACACCUGCGGCAGAAUUUCUACGUGUUGGCGUACCGGAGUGACCGCGGUGACGCUGACGGGGUGCAUCGACUGAAGCGGACCAGAUUGUCACGGCAUGGAAGCAGAUGUCACUAUAUGCUUGUGAAAGAGAUGAAGAGGCA